AUGAAGAACAUCGUGAUUGUAGGAGCCAACACCCUUGCCAAGAGACUACCUGACGACUACCGCGUCGUGCUCAUUGACGCAAACGCAUUCGCGACGCAUCUCCCCGCCAUCGUGCGCGCGCUCGUCGUCCCGGACUCAGAGAAGAAGAAUCUGACCGCGGACCUGACAACGGCGACAGUGUUUCCGGCCAAUUCGCGGCAUGUUGCCGUCCAAGCGCGCGUGGUGGAGUUGAAGGAGAGCAGUGUAGUCCUCGAUCGGGAAUGGGAAGGAAGCACGGAAGUGUUCUUCGAUAAAUGCAUCCUGGCGACGGGAGCCUGGCAGGCGUCCCCGAUGCGGCCUGGGCUCGGCGCAACGCGGCAAGGAUACCUGUCCGAGCUGCGCGAGUCGCAGUCGUCGUUCGGAAAGGCAGAGCGCGUGCUCAUUGUCGGUGGCGGAGCGGCUGGUGUCGAGAUCGCAGGCGAGCUGUCGACGCACUUCCCGGAAAAGCGGAUCACACUCGUGCAUUCCCAUGACCGACUCCUCGUCACAAAGGGCUGGUACCUUGUCCCCGAGUGGGUGUCGGAGCGUCUUCACACACAACUGGAAGCGCGCGGAGUCAUGAUUCAUCUGAACGAGCGCGUGGCCGAGAAGGGAGGAGCGUACUUCACGUCUGCUGGCGAGGUAGUGGCCGACUAUGUCUUUUGGGCUGUCGGCAAUAAGCCGAACACCUCGCUGGUGCACCCCGAUCACCUCACCUCUACGGGAACAGUGAUAGUCGAUGACCAGUUCCGCACCCCUCUACCUGGCGUCUAUGCCGCUGGAGACGCCUGCAGCACGCCGGGGCGGAAGACGGCAGGACUUGCAAACUGGGAAGGCGCUGCCUGCGCCUCGGCGGUCCUCGCCCACAUGUCUGGAAAAGACGCGCGACAGCGAGCAGGCAAGAUCAACAAUGGCAUCCUGAUCCCUCUCGGCGACGGUCGACCAACGAGCAUCCCAGGCGAUGGGAUUGGGGCUGGAGCCAUCGAUCUCGGCUGGUUCGGCAUCUGGGUUGCAAGAGGGGGAGAGUGGGGUGACAUGCAUAGAGUGCCCGCGGUCUGCGGAAAGAACAAAGGGCUAGAGGUGGACAAGUGGGGCUCACCUCGGGGCAAGCCUCGGUUACCGCGCCAUGUUGAUAACGCCCAUUCACCGCGUUCGGGGGGAAUGAAGAACAUUGUCGUCGUAGGCGCUGCGAACGCGCUCGCGGGGUCGCUCUGGCGCGGCGACCGCGUGGUUUUAAUUGACGCAAACGACUUUGCCGUCCACGUCCCGCUCGUUCCCCGCUCGCUAGUCACUGGCGAAGUCAGGUCCGCGCCGCUUCGCACCUCCACCGUGUUCAAACCGGGACACCAUGUCGUUGUGCGCGCGCGCGUGAUUGCGGUUCGCGAUGGGGAGGUGGAGCUCGACACCGAGUUUGAGGGCAGCACACGCAUCAAGUUUGCCGCGUGCAUCCUCGCCCUGGGAUCGGCUGGAAUCGGCAAGCCGGAGCUUGGAAUGAGUUUGGAGACGUAUAAGCGGGGGAUUGAGGAGGAAUCAGAAACAAUCCGGGACGCAAAGGAGGUGCUCAUCGCUGGCGGAGGUCCGACAGGCGUCACGCUCGCCGCAGAGUUGACACAGGCUUACCCCGACAAGCGGCUCGUGCUCGUCCACUGCCGGCAGUAUCUGGCAUACAGCCGGAGAGACGGAGAGUCUUACCAGCUGACCGAGGGGCAGAAAGCGAUCUCGGAGCAGCUCUUCGGCCCAUUAUGCGCGCGCGGCGUUUGGAUUCACGUCAACGAGCGCGUCAGCCCAGACGGGAAGAUGCUCGAGCUCGUCGGGACGCCCGUCACGGCGCAUGUUUUGUGGUGCGAUGGCCCAAAGGUCGCGGAGCGCACAGACCUUCUCGACCGGAAUCUCGUGGGGCCGGACGGCCGCAUCGGCGUCGACGAGUACUUCCGCACCAAGAUGCCGAACGUCUAUGCUGUUGGCGACUGUGCCGACACGGAGGGACGCAACACGAUAGCCCAGGCCAUGCGGGAAGGAGCAGCGUGCGCGCGGAUCCUCCUUGCUCACCUUGGGGGGAAGGGCGCCGAGUACGACCAGAUGGAGGACGAGACGUACGUCGUUCCCCUCGGGCCGAAGGGAGGGACAUACCCCCGUGCCGUGGACGGCUACGAGGACGGCGCUGGCGCAGGCAUUGUCGAUUUCGGCUGGCUCGGCACCUGGCCCGCGCCAGAUUGGUAUCUCACGCGGAUGCACCGCGACUACUUUCACUCCUCGUUCCGGGGUCUGUUCAAGGGAGCUGAGAGUGUGUAA